CUUUCUAUUGAAUUCUGGAGAAGGACUGAAAGAGAAUUCCGCCGCGGGAGACAGGAGUAUUUCGGCGACCGUAAUUUUUCCGAGCUAGUUUUUACGAUUGCAGCUUGAAAAACAGAGAAAUGGUGACGUCGCCGGUGGUGAACACGUACCCGCUUUCGAGCUACACCUUCGGGACCAAAGAGCCGAAGAUGGAGAAGGAUACUUCCGUCGCUGAUCGCCUUGCUCGGAUGAAAGUCAACUAUAUGAAAGAAGGAAUGAGGACUAGUGUUGAAGCAAUUUUGUUGGUCCAGGAACAUAAUCAUCCUCAUAUUCUUCUUCUCCAAAUUGGUAAUACAUUCUGUAAACUUCCUGGUGGGCGCUUGAAGCCAGGGGAAAAUGAGAUUGAGGGCCUGAAAAGGAAGCUGACCAGCAAGCUUGGAGCUAAUUCACCUGCUCUUGUGCCAGACUGGCAGAUUGGUGAAUGUGUUGCCAUUUGGUGGAGGCCCAACUUUGAAACCAUCAUGUAUCCAUAUUGCCCUCCUCACAUAAAAAAACCAAAGGAAUGUAAGAAGCUUUUCUUAGUCCACUUGUCUGAGAGGGAGUACUUUGCAGUACCUAAAAAUUUGAAACUUCUUGCUGUUCCCUUGUUUGAACUCUAUGAUAAUGUUCAGAGAUAUGGACCAGUCAUAUCAACCAUUCCUCAGCAGCUUUCUAGAUUCCAGUUUAACAUGAUUACUACAUAAUUCAUCAUGGAUGUCAAGAGGUUACAGCUUGAAGGUUUUCCUUGGGAGCCAGUUGAUAUUUUUCCCAGACAAUAUUUGCUUAAGACUUCAAGAGCUGAUAUACUGAUAUUAUUUGAUGACUGGCACUUUAACUUUAUAUCUAGUAGACUGGCUCUUAAUAUUGUCAUAUGCAAUUUUAUUGGUGUUUGCUUUGGAGUAGUUUAGAUUCUAAGCUAAACGACUGACCUUUUAUUUUGGUGUUUGUACACUUAGUCUAGCAAAUUGGAUUGUUGUAUUGGGGUUUGAUGGAUCAUGAUAAAAUCCUGAAUAUGGGAUCUAUAUGCGCUAUAUUGUAUUGGAAGAGCUGAUGAUGUUGCUGCCGAUGUAAUUGCACUCUAGUUAGUCUAGCAACUCAGAUUGUUGCCUCAUUGUACGGUUGUAAGAAUGAUUUAAGAGUCUGUUGAGGGGUUUAGUGUGUCUCGUUAUCCCUAAUAUGAGAUGUAUUUUAUUGAAAGAGCAGAUGAUGUUGCCAUUGUAAUUGUACUCUUGUUAAUCUAGCAACUCAGAUAGUUAGAUGGCUUGUCUGAGCUGAUGCUGGCUUCUCGUGUUAUUUGUCUCGUUUUACCAUUGCUAGAGUGAUUGAGAGUUUGUUCUAGGGUUUAAUGGGUGAUGUAUGUGCUAAAUAUGAGGAGGGUUGGUGAUGUUGCCUAUGUAAGUAUGAGAAGAGGGGGAUAUGGUCAUUAACUUGAUGUUGUAACUUGACUUGAAAUACUAAAUUACCAAUGCCACC